AUGUCUGAUAACGUAACUUGUUUCGAACAGCUCUCUGACGAUGUUUUAAUGUUAAUAUUUGAAGAACUGGAUGCCUAUCAUCUUCACAAAGCGUUUAACUGUCUCAAUGAGCGAUUUAUGAAUAUUGUGAAUGAUAGCCGUCUUCGUCUUUCGUCGACAACUGCUGUUGUACGGGUUGAUCCUAAAUCUUUUUAUCAACAUGUUCAGCACCAAUUAAUCAGCUUAAGAGUUCAUAUAAUAUUUGAUUUAACAUUUUUUUAUGAUUUAUCUCAAUUGAGAUCGCUUUGGAUCUCCUCAUGCUCAGUAGAAGAUUUAUUUCGACUGUUAAGUCGAGUAUGGCCAAAAUUAUGCUAUUUAACAGUCAAUUGUUUGGAUCGGAUAGAGAAAUCCCUAUUUAUUAUUCAAGAAUUAUCAAAUCUAUGCUAUUUAAAGUUCAAUAACAUACACGCUCCAUUUCGAUAUUUAAUUACCAUGUUUAAGUUCAUGCCGAACCUUAUUAAAUUCUCAAUCAUUGGCAAGCUUUGUAGCAAUUAUAUGGAAGAUUGCAACGAUGAUGAUACCUCAAAACAUGUCCCAUUAUUAAAAUUGAAACGUUUUCAUUAUAAAUUAACAAUUCGAUGUCGAAAGUGUAUACAACAAUUCUUUGAACUACGAGCAAUAUACGAUAAAGAGACAUAUUGGAUAUGUAAUCAAAAGACAAUCUACAAAAAUAACAACUUCGCAAAUAUUGACGAAGUUUGGAUUAAAAAAAUGAGUCACAAUUAA